AUGGAGUUCCUCCUUGAACCAGUCACGGAGGUUGACUCGCAACAGUUUUGCGUGCAAAUAAUGAAACGCCUCGAUAUCCAGCGAAGAAACGAGCAUUUGUGUGAUGUGAUUCUAGAAGUUGGUGAAGAUCAAGCUCGAUUGAAAGCUCACAGAAACGUGUUAUGUGCCGCCAGCCCGUUCUUUUACAACGCCCUCAACACGGAAAUGAAAGAAAAGGAAGAAGGAGUCAUUCGAAUGAAAGAUACAAGCAAAGUUUUGAUGGAACAAGUGUUGGAGUAUUUUUACACAGGACAAGUUGAUAUCAAUGACAACAACGCAUUCGAAUUGAUGGCUGUAGCAGAUUACUUUCUUAUAACAAGCUUGAAAUUACUCUCCAGUAAGUUCAUUCAAGAUACUUUGUGCGCUUCAAACUCUAUCAUGGCUUAUUAUUCCAGCGUUAAGUAUCAAUGUUCUGAUUUACGAGAGGCAGCCAAAAGCUUCAUUCUUGCCAACUUCAUGGCCGUGUCAAAAUCCAAUGUCUUUCUUAAUUUGAAUUUGGAGCAAGUCGAAGAAUGGAUUUCAAGUGAUGAAAUUAUUAUAAAAGGCGAGAAGGAAGUUUUCAUGGCUAUUCUGAUUUGGACUGAACAUAAUAUUGAAAGAAAACAAAGCUUUUAUAACCUGUUUCGUCACGUUCGUUGUCAUUACAUAUCACGCAGUUUCCUUACUACAGUUAUUUUGCAACAUGAAUUUGUAAGAGGCCAAAAAGAAUGUUUGGAUUUGGUUGUAGAUGCUAUGAAAGAGCUGUCAGAUGAAACAGGAGCACAAGUUUGGAAGCAUUCACCGAGAAAGUGUUUGAACACCCCUGAAGAUGCUGUAUUUGUCUGUGGGGGUGAAAGUGGUGACAAAGUACUGUGUUAUUUACCGUUUCAAAACAGGUGGCACAACUUAGAAGACAUGCCAGACACACGGAAACGUAACACUUUUGCCUCAACAACUUGCCAAGGUAGACUUUAUGUCAUUGGUGGAGAUAGAUUAUGGGGAGAGCAGAAAGUUGCAUGCUAUGAUCCAUUUCUGAAAAUAUGGUCAUCAAUUUUUGUCAAAUCCUUCCCAGAGGGACUAAAUUUUACCGCAGCUGUGUCAUUCCAGGGGUUAGUGUAUGUCAUUGGUGGAGAGGAUAACUCUGGAAAUAGGUUAAGAACUGUAAAGCAAUAUGAUCCCAGUACAAACUUGUGGCAAGAAGUUUCACCCCUGAGUAACACUAGAUCCAGUGUCUGUGUGGUAGCUGAUGAAAGCUACUUAUAUGCCAUUGGAGGGUAUACAUCUUCUCCAUCUGAAAAGUGCCUGGAUAUUGUUGAAAGGUUUGAUCCUAAAUUUGACUCCUGGAAGAGAAUUGCACCAACUCAAGCAAAAAGAAGAGGGGCUGCUGGUGUUAGUUUACGUAACAAAAUUUUUGUUUUUGGGGGUGUUGAUCUGUCUGGUGGAUGUCCUUGUGAAGUUUAUGACAAAGAGACAAACGUUUGGACAGCGAUUGCAAAUGACAUUGCUCCAAGAUACUAUGCAAGUGCCGUUUGUGUCAAAGGAAAUAUUUUUGUGGUGGGUAAAUUUGGGGUGAAUCAGAAUGACUCUCAAAGAGAGACAUUACAA